AAUAGUAUAGUACUACUCCUAUAAACGAAGAUGGGCAGCGAUCGCCACUCCUCCUCCGGCGGUAAUCGGAAAUUGGAUUGCUGGAAGAUCAAGGAUGGCCGCGGCUUCCAUCUCUCACAACCCUCUCACCGCUUUCGAUUCUCUCCGCCGCUCUAAUCUGUUCCCAUCUUUCCCGCCGCUUUCCUCAAUAAAUAGAAGAAGAAGGGUUUGUUGUGCUUGCGUCGCUCCGCCUCAAAAUUACCAGCCUGCAAACUUUAAGGGUGCUCACAUUGAGGAUGGGUCAGAUGUGCUCAUUGAAUGCCGAGAUGUCUACAAAUCCUUUGGGGAAAAGCACAUACUAAGAGGUGUGAGCUUUAAGAUUAGGCAUGGAGAGGCUGUCGGAAUUAUUGGGCCAUCUGGGACUGGAAAGUCAACCAUCUUGAAGAUUAUGGCCGGCCUUCUUGCUCCAGACAAGGGUGAGGUAUUGAUUCGCGGGAGAAGACGGCACGGGCUGAUCAGUGAUGAGGAACUAUCUGGCCUAAGAAUUGGCUUGGUUUUUCAGAGUGCAGCACUUUUUGAUUCUCUCACUGUUCGUGAAAAUGUCGGGUUUCUGUUAUAUGAAAAUUCAACUAUGCCAGCGGAUAAAAUUGCCAAACUCGUCACAGAGACUCUAGCUGCUGUGGGCCUAAAGGGAGUUGAAGAUCGAUUACCUUCUGAAUUGUCUGGUGGGAUGAAAAAGAGAGUUGCCCUUGCUCGUUCCAUCAUUUUUGAUACAACAAAGCAUGCGAUUGAACCCGAGGUGCUCCUAUAUGACGAGCCAACAGCUGGUCUGGAUCCAAUUGCAUCAACUGUUGUUGAAGAUCUCAUUCGCUCGGUUCAUAUGAAAGGUGAGGAUGCACUUGGGAAGCCUGGGAAGAUUGCAUCCUAUGUGGUAGUCACUCAUCAACAUAGCACAAUCAAAAGAGCUGUUGAUAGGCUGUUGUUUUUGUACGAAGGAAGGGCUGUUUGGCAAGGAACGACUCAUGAAUUCUCUUCCUCAACAAAUCCAAUUGUUCGACAGUUUGCAUCUGGGAGCUUGGAUGGGCCAAUUAGGUAUUAAGCAGUCUUCUGUCUGUGUCUACAAUAUCCAUCUCCAUGUAUUCGAAGGAAUGUGAUAGUGUUUAUUUCUGGGGAAUUAUAUUUCUCAUUUUAUUUUGUAAUCCAGCAUGUUAUUUUACUUUGUAUGCUGAGUGUUAAGUAUCCAAUCCCAUUUUAAAACAUUUUGAUGCUA